GUCGUUAUCGGUUUUUGAGAUAACGUAACGUAAGCGUUAUGUGAUUUCCAAUAACUAGUUUCUUAACUAGUGAUUUUUAUAACUAGUUAUUUUCACAACGUUCUGAAGCAAACGUGAUAAUUGUAACGUAAAAUCGUUUGGUUAGGUAGCAGUAUAACUUAAUUCUUCUUCACGCACACGUAUCGUGUAUCAGUAAAACAUAUACUUGUUUCAUUCACACUUACGCUCGUGUUUCAUUUAAUACACGAAAGAAAGGAUCGAUUUUGUUGCGAUCCUUUUUUUUAGGCGCGUUUUACAUUACUCGUUUUACUCCUUUACGUUGUCAAAGCUAUGUGUAAGGUGGUCAAUGUAAAACGUCGUUUUCAUCUUGUCAUUACGAAUAUUGUAAAACCAGUGAUUUUGCGUGAGUAGUGAAAGUAGCCAAACAUCGACGCUAUGCCUUAAACAUAAGAGUGAAUUCGAUUUAACUUUAUGGCGUUGUGAUUAAAAGAGUUAUUGAAGACUGAUGCCUAUUUCGAUCGUUUAAAUGGCGUUAUGAAUAUCACUAGUUUUUGUUGUAGUGGAAAACGAGUGAUCACUGUUCGAGCUCGUAACUGCAUAUAUAACCAGUUAUGGUUAAUAACGCCCAUCGCUAGUCGAGACAUUGAUUAACCUUUGAUCUGUGUGUGAUAAGGAUCCUGACUACCCCUCUCGUAUGUGUGUGAUUAGGAUCCUGACCCAUAGGACUGGUACCUAUUUUUACGUAAUUAUCCACUCUAAUUCUAUCGCAAAAGGUAUAAUGUUGUGUUUUGAACAAAAUUGAAUAAAUGAUCUAUCAUAGACAAUCAUCAUUCGGAUGAAAUGUUCAAUAGUUCCGCUAGAAAAAUCGGUUGAAAUUCCGUCUCGACCAGUGAUACUUCAACUACCAAAAGUGAAUACUAAAAGUGAAAAAUAAGCUGAAAAUUGUUAAAAAAGAUAAAAUGGAUUUAACAAAUCCUUCAGCUCCGUCAACUUCACGACCUCUUAUCUUUCCAGGCGACGCCACAAGGAUCACUGCACCCUUAUUAGUGAUAAUACGGCUCUUAUAAGAAUAAUAUUUUGGUCAUAUAAACCAUAAUAAGAACAGUUGUUUUUGAUUGUAUAUGAAUAAAUGAUUUAACAUGUAGAUAUCUAUCUCUCAAUCUAACUAAAGUGAUAUCUAAAUAAUAAAAAAAAUACCUAUUAGACAUAUUUCAUUUUCACACCUUACCUGAACAAAAAUAAAACAUCCUAUGUAUGUGUCAGGAUCCUAAUCAUACACAGAGUACCGUUCAACAAACGAGUCAGGAUCCGUAUCAUACACAGACGACUGUUCAACAACCGAGUCAGGAUCCGUAUCAUACACAGACGACUGUUCAAGAACCGAGUCAGGAUCCUUAUCGUACACAGACGACUGAAUGACGAAAUACACUCACACAAGCGCAGAUAUUACUGACCGAUUUUUUUGCCAUUCCAAAAUUUUUUGUCAUAUUGUUUUCAUAAAAUUGAUCAAUAUAAAGCGAUAAAAGUAUGUAGUGUGAUAUGUCUUUACAAAGCUCUAUUUUUCUAGUUUAUGGUCAUAUCCUUUGAUUUUGACUAUGACUUUUGGCACAAACAAUAAUUGACUGCAUAAUAUUGGUGCAAGUGAAUUUUUGAUCAAACUUCGUAUUCAAGCAGCUCGUAUUUUAUUUACAAAUAAUUUCGAGGCUUGUGUUAUUGUUCAUAAACAAGGAAAUAUAUCUAGCUUUAGUAAUCAAUCGCUUUAUUAUAACGUUCCAUGCACAAAAAGUGAAAUUUACAUCAUAAACUGAAUGCUGGCGAAACUCGUAAAAAUUUUGGAAUGGCUUCCACAGACAGGGGGGUAAUUUUUUGACAGCGCUGCCACAGACUAAAGGUUAAUGAAGAAGUAAAACGACGGAAUUUUUACAAGGCCAGUAUAAUUAGAAAUGUGAAAGGUCAAUUGCUCAUAAAGUUUGUUUAGGUUAGAUAAGCCCCUGCUCUGGGCCUGGUUUGUGGAAUCAGGAACUCUAAAUAAAUAAAAAUGGCUGAAGAAAGAGUAAAAAUGCGUAAGCAGCUGGGGCUGCUCGAAGGAGUAGCAAUUAUAUUAGGAAUUAUAUUUGGUAGUGGAAUUUUUAUAUCACCAAAGGAAGUACUCGAAAACACAGGAUCUGUUUGGGGUUCGCUUACUGUGUGGGCUGCGUGUGGGGUCUUAGCUACCCUGGGGGCGCUGUGUUACGCUGAACUGGGUACAACACUAGCACAAAGUGGGGGGGAUUAUCAUUAUAUCAAUGAAGCCUAUGGACCGCUUCCUGCAUUUCUCUACCUAUGGGAUGCUAAUUUGGUGUUUGUGCCCAGCACAAAUGCUAUUAUGGCAUUAACAUUUGCUAACAACCUUUUGGAACCAAUUUUUCCAAAUUGUCCCAUAGAUCCUCUCUGUCAGAAACUUCUAGCUGCAUCUACAAUUUGUUUUCUAACAUUUAUAAAUGCUUAUGACGUUAAAUUUACAACUAGAGUACAAAACGUUUUUAUGUUUACGAAAAUAUCUGCUCUAGUCAUUAUUAUUUUUGGUGGAAUCGUUUGGAUGGCUAAAGGAAGAGUAGAGACUUUCGAAGAUGGUUGGGCGGGAACAAAAACCUCAGUUUCUGAUUGGUCCGUCGCAUUUUAUUCAGGAAUAUUCUCGUAUUCUGGGUGGAGCUAUUUAAAUUUUAUGACUGAAGAACUAAAGGAUCCUUUUGUGAAUUUACCGCGUGCGAUAUAUUUAUCACUUCCGCUGGUAACUGCCAUAUAUCUGUUAGCAAAUGUAUCAUACCUAGCUGUGUUGGGCCCUAUUGGCGUAAGAGCGACAGAAGCUAUAGCAGUUGACUUUUCGGUGGCUGCGCUUGGAUGGCUCAAAUGGGCCAUGCCAACUUUAGUAGCCAUUGCUAUUUUGGGUGGCCUAUCAGUGCACAUCAUGGCCUCAUCUCGGAUGUGCUUCGCGGGCGCACGCAAUGGACACAUGCCCGAACUACUUGCCCAUAUUAAUAUGAAAUGUAUGUCGCCCAUGCCUUCUCUCGUAUUUCUAAUGCUGAUUUCUUUGGUAAUGUUGAUACCUAGCAAUCUGAGGUCUUUGAUUACAUAUUGUACUGUUGUCGAGGCUUUCUUUACGACGCUUAGUUGUAGUGCAGUUCUAUGGCUAAGGUACAAGAAGCCGCAUCUGCCGAGGCCCAUUAAGGUUCAAUUAUGGAUGCCGAUAGUGUUCGUAUCAGUGUGUGCCAUCUUGCUGGUGGUGCCGAUAGCCAGCGAGCCUAUAGCUGUCGUGGCCGGAGCCGUCAUGACCCUGGCCGGCGUGCCAGUCUACUAUAUUUUUAUUAAAAAUGAACCACAAAUCAUAAAGGAACUAUCUGCCAAAUUCACUCACACAUGUCAGAAGCUGUUCCUGUCAGCGGUUGAAGAGAAAGAAGAUUGAACUGAAACCAACUAUUGUGUGUAAUUGCCUCUGCUUAAAUAUUUUUAUGGAUUCCUUACCUCAGUGCUCUCUCAUAACAGUAUUUAGUAUAUAGGUAGGUAACAUCCUUAUUAACAAUAUUGUGUGUUUUACAUGUUUUUUUGUGUAUUUUGUAACAGUGUUUUACAAUCACAAUAUUUAUUACGCAAAUGUACAAGUAACAAAAGUCGUUAUCUGUUUAUUCAUAUUUAUGUACAUACUUAAUAGUUUUUAUAUCGUAUUUGGACGCACAAUGCUAUUGCCGCAACAUCCAAGAAAUAUGGAAUCACAAUAUUUUUUGUUGAUACCGUUCUAUGCUAUUUAGGCGAUUACACAAUUAGUAUUAGAUAUUAUUAUUGAGUUUUUGAUAGCAACAUAGUUUUCUUUGUUUCUGAUACUUAGCAUAUAUUUCCUUAAGAGAUAAUAAAUCAAAUAUAUACAUAAAUAUAAUAUGAAAAUAGUCGUUGAUGAAGCCAAUUGGAAUAAAUACACAUUACAAAGGCUGUAUUAGAGAUUAAACGGUGCCUUAACCCCUGGUGACUAGCUUUGUCUCUUGAACUGAUAAUAAUGAAAUCAUUAUGAUUUCACUUUAAGACUAUUACAACUAAGUAUUUAUUGUUUUGGCCUAGGUAGUUGAAACAAAGUAUUUGUGCAACGGAAUAAACUUGAUUAAGGUUUUUGUAUUAUAUUUUAUGCUUACUUCUAAGAUUUUUUGUUACUUAUUUUUAAGUAGAAUCUCUUGUGCCAACGUGCUUAGCGUAUGUUUUGAUCUGCCACAUUAUGUAUUACAAACUUCAUCUAACAUUAGGUUUAAAAGUAGGUACCUACUUAACACAAAUGAUGUCUUAGAAUUAUCACAGAAUGCUGUUACUAUCCCAAAGUAUUAAGUAAUUUAUGAUCUGAAUUAACUUAAGUAUAUAUUUAUAUAUCCGCUUCUAAGUGUUUUAGUGCCAUAUAGGUAUGGAUUUUGUGUAUUUUAUCUACAUUUCGUAAUUAUAUACAGAUUGUAUA